CAUUUCUUAUGAAAACCGUUUUUUGUCUAAAAAUAAAAUGUUGAAAAUAUUUAUUAUGUAGCACAUAUUAAACCCGCACUAGUGAUAAGUUGUUGAAAAAUAAAAGUGACGAUUAUUUAAAUUAUAGAAACGACGAAAACUGCUAUGGAAGUGUCUAAUGAGAUAAAGGAAGAUAUUCGCAAAACUCAGUCUGACUUGAAAAAUGCGAUACGCGUACAUCAGGUUUGGGUCACGCGUCUUCGGGAAGAUGAAAAUAAUUUACAUCUGAAAUCAAAAGUCAAAGAAGCUGAAAAUGAAAUUAUUGCCAUUGGUCAAGCUCAAAAACUAGUGGUAGACAGAUUAAGGAGAGAAUUAGAACUUUAUCAGCAGCGUUUGAAAGCUCGUAACAAGCAGACAAAUAUUGAGAAUGAUAAUCGCUAUGUAGCCCAGCAACUAAGGGACCACCAGCUUCAGUAUCGCAGCAGAAAUAGGACUGCGUCUUUACUCAAACCUUCAGUACUUAAUGAGAUUCAUAUUAAGUCAGAAAACUAUAAUGAUGUAAAAGAAAACAUAUCAGAUUCUGAGACUGAACUCAAAUCCACAAAUGAGAAAGGGAACUCAAAUCAUAGUGAUGCAGAAGAGAAAGAGAAAUAUUUGAGAAAUUUUCAGCAGAUACCUAAAGUGCAUGACAGUAGGAAUAACUUUGCUAAUGCACUAAAUAAAGUCAAGGAGGCAUUUAUCGGCAGCAACUCGCAGUCGGUUCUAGGCUGGCAGGAGGCGCCUUGGUCGGGGGCGGGGUCGCCGCCGUCGCCGUCGCCGUCGCCGCCGCCGCUGCCCGCGGCCGGCGAGCCCGUCUCGCAGGAGCUGUUCUUGAGAUUAAUUGGUUUGGUGACUCCAGCCCAGAAGGAGAUACUUGAGAAGAAGAGAAGCGAGCGUCGGAAAAGAUCCACGACAAGCACCAACAGAAAUGACUUCUUAUACGGAAACUACGACAUGUUGCCUAAACGCAAGAAAUACAAUCAAUUCCCAUAUUUGCAAUCGCACAACGAUCCUCCUCAAACACGCUCGGCAAAAUUACGGAAACAGCAGUUCCAGACUCAAAGCAAGGAAUCCCGGGAAGGAUCACCCUCUGGUUCUUCGGCUGAAACUAAAGAGGGCUGGGGCGGCGGCGGCGGCGGUGGAGCGGGCAAGCCGGCGUGGGCGGCGGCGCUGCCGGCCGGGCUGUCCGUGGAGCCCGUCUACUCCGCCAAGAAGGUCUGCAACGCGUGCGGCAGGAACGAUGUGCCGUCGCUGCUGGUGUGGUGCGCGGCGUGCGGCGUGUGGCUCCACACCGGCUGCGGUGCGGCGGGACGCUGCGCGUGCGGCGCCGACCUGCCCGACCCCGACCCCGCCCACCCCGCCACCCCCGCACACCACCUGCUGUACCGAGACAAACUGGCAGAACGCAAGCGCCUGCAAGAGAAGAACAUCCAGCUGUGCGUGGAGCUGCGCAAGCUGGAGGCGCGCGCCGCCUCGCUCAAGCAGAACCUGGACGAGCACAGCGCGGAGAAGCGCCAGCUGCUGGCCGACCAGAUCAACACGCAGCGCAACCUGCAGAAGCUGCUCGACUUCAUCAGCCAGUUCAAGGAGACCUCCGUCAGCCUCCGCUCCACCUCCGUCAGCGACUCGGGCAGCGACCUCAGCAAAAGCAAUGAGGAAUGAACUGGUCAGAUGAAAUUGUGUUCACAUCAAAGGUUGUCGGCCGCCGCGCCGGUUGCCGGUCGUCGUAAUAAAGAGGUCACGCAGUAGCCAAUAUUGUUACUAGAUCUUAAGCUAACUCGUAAGUAUAUUU